AUGAAGUUGCUAUUUCAUCUCUUGCUGGCGUUCCUGGGAACGUUUGCCUUGGUACUCGCAGACAGUUCCCCCGCUGAUAACCCCCUUUCGGUGUUGCCGGCCUGUGCGCAAAAAUGCCUUGCAUCUGCCGUUGCAAAUUCCACUUGCAGUCCAACUGAUGUGAAGUGUACCUGCGAAAGCUCGACUAUUCAAGAAACCUCGGCAAUCUGCAUUGCAGGCACCUGCACGGUUCGAGAGGCCUUAACUACCAGAAAUGCGACAGAUACACUCUGCGGCGUCCCUGUCCGUAACAGGACUCCCGACUUCGCCAAUGUUACCAUCGUGCUCGGUGUCGUCUCCGGCGUGGUUGUCCUCCUACGUAUCGGCUCCAAGCUUUUCAUGAGGAUGGCCUUCGCUCUGGACGACUAUGCCAUCAUCGUAACGCUCUUUUGUGGUAUCCCUUCUUCAGUAAUGAACGUCCGGGGCACGGGAGGAAAUGGAGAAGGCAAAGAUAUCUGGACGCUGCCGUUCGAUAUGAUCACUCGUUUCGGAGUAUACUUUUACGUCCUCGAGAUUUUAUACUUUGCCCAGGUCAUGCUUCUGAAGAUGACAUUGUUGUUUUUCUAUCUCAACAUCUUCCCAGGCAAAGCCCGAAAACUACUAUGGGGUACCGUUCUCAUUAACGGUGUAUUCGGAGUUGCGUUUAUGCUUCUCGCGGUUUUCCAGUGUCACCCGAUUAGCUUUUUCUGGACAGGCUGGGACGGUCAGCACAAAGGCAAAUGUCUCAACAGUAACGCUAUCGGAUGGGCAAACGCCGCGAUUAGUAUUGCAUUGGAUAUAUGGAUGAUCGCAAUCCCAAUGUGGCAGAUCCGCAAUCUCAACCUCCACUGGAAGAAGAAGGUUGGCGUCGCUGUGAUGCUCCUCGUUGGUACAUUUGUUACGGUUGUCAGCAUCGUCCGACUCCAGUUCCUUGUGAACCUGGGCAGUUCCUCGAAUCCCACCUUUGACCAGGUUGACGUCUCUAUCUGGUCCACUAUUGAGAUUAAUACCGGCAUUGUUUGCACAUGUCUGCCAUCCCUCCGUCUCUUUUUGAUCCGCCUGUUUCCCCAGCUGGGUGGCUCUUCACAUAAGAACAGUGGCUAUCAGAACUAUCCGGACAACUACGUCAAUAAAUCAGAUCACAUGGGUAAUAGUCGAGCACAGACGUCGGUUUCGGCUGUGAAAUCCCAGAACCGCCCGGAGCAUCGCGGGAUUGAACUCAACACGAUGUAUGAGGUACGAUAUAGCGAUGAGGAUGAGUCAAGAUUGGUUAAAAUGCAUGAGGAAGAGGCUUCGAAGGGAGUGCAUGUGGGUAGUUCACGAAGCAUGAAUAGUAACAGUGAGGUAUCACUGUAA